GUAAUGCAAGGGGCUGGGCUAGGCACGUGACUCCAAGGAGGCGGAGACUGGCAAGCCAGAGAGCGGACUGGCAGGCUCAGGAGGGGUGCGGAGUGGGUUCGAUCUGAAUAAUUGAGGAGCUGUUCAGCAGCAGCCGCUGCCUCCUGCCUUCCUUUGCCGCCACCACCGCCCCCAUUGCAGCCGAGAGACGCCCCGCGCUGCAAGUGCAGACCACGGGCCAGCAGCAGACAGGCCGUCACCUCCAGCCUCUCUGACAUUCAUGCUGAAGACAAGGCUGCUUUAGGUCCCUCUGGACCUUUCCUAAAAGGACAAGCGCACCUCACUCCAUGAGUUCCAGAACCAUCCACUAAGGCUUCUGUAGCCCCUUUGCAUCAGCUGACCUUCACUACAAUAUUACUGCUCAAGAUGAGCAGCUUCCUGGCCUCACUGGACCCCCGGCGGGUGCAGUGGGGGGCUGCCUGGUAUGCCAUGCACUCUCGGAUCCUGCGCACCAAACCUGUGGAGUCCAUGCUGGAGGGAACUGGGACCACCACAGCACAUGGCACCAAGCUGGCGCAGGUGCUCACCACCAUGGACCUCAUCUCUCUUGGAGUUGGUAGCUGUGUGGGCACUGGCAUGUAUGUAGUAUCUGGCCUCGUGGCCAAGGAGAUGGCAGGACCUGGUGUCAUUGUGUCCUUCAUCAUCGCUGCUGUGGCAUCCAUAUUGUCAGGUGUGUGCUAUGCAGAGUUUGGAGUUCGAGUCCCCAAGACCACAGGAUCUGCCUACACCUACAGCUAUGUCACUGUUGGGGAAUUUGUGGCAUUUUUCAUUGGCUGGAACCUGAUCCUGGAGUACCUCAUUGGCACUGCAGCUGGUGCCAGUGCUCUGAGCAGCAUGUUUGACUCCCUGGCAAACCAUACCAUCAGCCACUGGAUGGUGGACGCAGUGGGGACCCUCAACGGCCUGGGGAAAGGGGAAGAAUCAUACCCAGAUCUUCUGGCUCUGGUGAUCGCUGUCAUUGUGACCAUCAUUGUGGCCCUGGGCGUGAAAAACUCUGUGGGCUUCAACAACGUCCUCAACGUGCUGAACCUGGCAGUGUGGGUGUUUAUCAUGAUCGCAGGCCUCUUCUUCAUCAAUGGGAAAUACUGGGCUGAGGGCCAAUUCUUGCCCCACGGCUGGUCAGGGGUGCUGCAAGGAGCAGCCACGUGCUUCUAUGCUUUCAUUGGCUUUGACAUCAUUGCCACCACUGGAGAGGAAGCCAAGAACCCCAAUACGUCCAUCCCUUACGCUAUCACCGCCUCCCUGGUCAUCUGCCUGACAGCGUAUGUGUCUGUGAGCAUGAUCUUAACCCUGAUGGUGCCGUAUUACGCCAUUGACACGGAGUCCCCCCUCAUGGAGAUGUUUGUGGCCCACGGCUUCUAUGCUGCAAAGUUUGUAGUGGCCAUUGGGUCGGUCGCAGGACUGACAGUCAGCUUGCUGGGCUCCCUCUUCCCAAUGCCCAGGGUCAUUUAUGCCAUGGCUGGUGAUGGGCUCCUUUUCAGGUUCCUGGCUCAUGUGAGUUCCUACACAGAGACGCCAGUGGUGGCCUGCAUUGUGUCGGGGUUCCUGGCAGCUCUUCUCUCGCUGCUGGUCAGCCUGCGGGACCUGAUAGAAAUGAUGUCCAUCGGCACACUCCUCGCCUACACCUUGGUCUCUGUCUGUGUCUUACUCCUUCGGUACCAACCCGAGAGUGACAUCGACGGUUUUGUCAAGUUCUUGUCUGAGGAGCACACCAAGAAGAAGGAAGGCAUCCUGGCUGACUGUGAGAAGGAAGCUUGUUCUCCUGUGAGCGAGGGGGAGGAGUUUUCUGGCCCCGCCACCAACACCUGUGGGGCUAAGAACCUGCCAUCCUUGGGGGACAAUGAGAUGCUCAUAGGGAAAUCAGAUAAGUCCACCUACAACGUCAACCACCCCAACUACGGCACUGUGGACAUGACCACAGGCAUAGAAGCUGAUGAAUCAGAAAACAUCUAUCUCAUCAAGUUGAAGAAGCUGAUUGGACCCCGUUACUACACCAUGAGAAUCCGGCUGGGUCUUCCGGGCAAAAUGGACCGGCCCACGGCAGCAACAGGGCACACGGUGACCAUCUGCGUGCUCCUGCUCUUCAUCCUCAUGUUCAUCUUCUGCUCCUUCAUCAUCUUUGGCUCCGACUACAUCUCGGGGCAGAGCUGGUGGGCCAUCCUUCUGGUUGUUCUGAUGGUGCUGCUGAUCAGCGCGCUGGUGUUUGUGAUCCUGCAGCAGCCAGAGAACCCCAAGAAGCUGCCCUACAUGGCCCCCUGCCUCCCCUUUGUGCCUGCCUUUGCCAUGCUGGUGAACAUUUAUCUCAUGCUAAAGCUCUCCACCAUCACAUGGAUCCGGUUUGCGGUCUGGUGCUUUGUGGGUAUGCUCAUUUAUUUUGGGUACGGCAUCUGGAACAGCACCCUGGAGAUCAGCGCUCGAGAAGAGGCCCUCCACCAGAGCACAUACCAGCGGUACGACGUGGAUGACCCCUUCUCAGUGGAGGAGGGGUUCUCCUACGCCACGGAGGGGGAAAGCCAGGAGGACUGGGGUGGGCCGGCUGAGGACAAAGGGUUCUAUUACCAACAGAUGUCAGAUGCGAAGGCAAAUAGCCGGACCAGUGGCAAAGCGAAGAGCAAAAGCAAACACAAACAGCACUCAGAGGCUCUGAUUGCGAACGAAGAGUUAGAUUACUCUCCAGAGUAAGAGCAAACGCACAGGCCAGUAGAAAGGAUGAUUGAUGUUUCACUAAUCCAACCUGUGGGCUAGAAGGGGAAAACGUCUUUUGACUCUCAUUUCACAAAUCCAGCCUUCCCCAAAGUCAGUCCCCAAGCAUAACCUAUCACUUGCUAUUUUUGCUGUUCAGGAUAGUUCUGUUGAACGGUUUUGCCCAGUGCCCUUAACUGGCCCCCUUGUCAAAAUAAAAGUAAAAGUAAAAAAAACAAUCAAAAGGCUACAAAAUUCUGUUAGUGAACCAUGAGAGCUAAUGGUAGCGAAUGUUUUCUAGCCUUUGCUGGGUCCAUCUUUUUUGCUUCUUACCAAGACCCCAGGAAACAAAAGGCAAGCUUUGCCAACCGCACAGAGGAUGCAGCCCCCCCAGAGAAACACUGAAGUAGGUGGCCGCAGAUUCAAACCAGAGCAGCCUUCCAACCACCGGAGGCCUCAAAGGCAAGGCUCUGUUCUCAGCAGACCUGGGAGCAGCUCCCCUAGGUGGUGGGGGCGGGGAUGAAACGGUUCCUGUCAGGACUUCCUCAAACAGAAAUGCCCACCUGUGUCCUGAAAUCUCACCUCACCAGAAAUCAAGCAUGGAGGAGACAUGGGCUUCUUAUCACUCACCAAAGUUCUUAAAAGUUUCCAACUCUAAUUUUAUAAUCCAGGAAAGAUCAGAUCAAGGACUAUUUCCCCUAUAAAGCAAUCGUACAGACCCAAUAGUGUGUAUUACCAGUCCCCAUGACUGACACACAAGGCUUCAACACAGCAGAUAAACAUCAAUUGAAACUACAUUUUUCAAAAGAUAAUGCUUUUAGAUAAAUUAUCAUGCCCAUAGCUAAUAUGUACCAUUGUAUUGCAAUAAGUACAACUUUUUAAAAACCCUUUUACUGUUCCAUAUUAAUUUUGUGGAACCCUGGCUUCCUGGGUUCAUUUCAACAUAAAAGAAAUAGCAUCAAAGCUUUACUUAAAUGCCCCCCUCCAAAAAAAAGACACCUUAAAUAACGAUCUCUUUCAUAGAGGCCAGAAGGACGUUGGCAGAAUUGAGCUGUCUGUCAUGCCUUCCCUUAUGCCAGACUCUAAGCUCCUGCUGAUAUGGUAAAAGGGGUCAGAGGUGGAGUGUGACUUCAUGGCGCUGAUAUUCCUAGAAGAAGUAGGCUAUUUGUUUUAUAAUCAGAUAAAAAUAUUUGCAAAGAGAAGUAACCCAGUCACUGAGAUCACAUUGCAAAUCCUGCUUCAUAUUUCUAAAAUGAUAAAUUCGGUAGGCUUUUUUAAGAUAAGCAACAACUUGAUUGCAUAAUGAUGCCCUGAAAAGCAAGAGAUGUGGCAGCCCAGCCACUCAGGUCAUCACAUUCCUUGAGAUCACUUUUCCCCCUCUGAACCCUGCUCUUCUCGGCUAGCUCACUUUCACAAUACUUUUCCUGUUGUUUCCCAAAGGCCCAGAGAAAUAGCUACCUGGUGAGGUUUAAGUGCAAGCCGUCAAAUGGGUUCCUAAAAGAAUGUUCUGAAACAGGAAAAGUGAAAUGCAACAGAAAAAAAAAAAUACAUGAGCUGCAAAUUCUCCUUCGGUGUCUCUUGUAUGUGAAGAUGAUGUUUCUCACGCUAAGAUUGUGGUGAGAAUUUUCUGAAAGGGAAGCAAAAGAGUAAAUUUAUCAUCCUGCCAAAAGUUUUCCUGAAUGUUGACUAACAUUUAAAUAUUUUCUUUCUUGAAGUCUAAGACUCAGGCUUUGUUGACAUGCACUGGAGCUGCAGAGAAGAGGUAAAAGCCUGUUUUCCAUUGAACUGUCUGAAAUACACCAAUGGCCGAGGGAUGGGCAUGAGGAGACUUGUAACUUCUGCCCUUGGAGCUCAGGAUUCAGGGAGGAGCCUGAUGUAGAUAAAACAAACUUGACCAGUCCCCAUGACUGACACAUAAGGCUUCAACAUAGCAGAUAAACAUCAAUUGAAACUAAAUUUUUCAAAAGAUAAUGCUUUUAGAUAAAUUGUUAUCAUGCCCAUAGCUAAUAUGUACCAUUGUAUUCCAAUAACUACAACUUUUUAAAACGCUUUUACUGCUCCAUAUUAAUUUUGUGGAACCCUGGCUUCCUGGGUUCAUUUCAACAUAAUGACUGACAAAGCUGUGUUUCCUCUUGCCUGAUCUUAACAAUCAAGAUGCAGUGCCUGGUCUGUGACAAAUAACCUUGAGGAUUCACUGUAAGAUAAUGAUGAGUCAUGUUUGUGAAAACAAUGUUUUAAACUAGUUUAAGAAUCUGCCUAGUUUAAAUACCCUGUUAAGCUGAAUUCACAUCUAGAGAGAAGAGUGAUGUUGUCUUCAUUUAAUAUGUUUAGGAGAAAUGUGGUUGCAAAAUGGCAAAGUCUAACAUGGGUGAAAAGUUUCCUUUUACUAAUGAGGUUCACGUGUUAAAAUUGCGACAGUCUGGCAGCAGGUGUGAACAAUCUCUGUAGCGUAAGAAGAGCCCAGGCUUUAGUUAACACCAUUGGUGUUGAUGGUGUGAAGACCCUAGGGACCAUUGUCAUGUCUUCUAUUGAAUGGAGCCAUUUUCCCUAAUUAGUAGAUUCAGUUAUUAUUAAGCUUUGCUUCCUUCAUUGUUCUAAAGUUAACAGGUCAUCUUCUUAGCAAUCUUGCUUCAAAAAGUAUCAAUAUGGUUAGGAAAGUUUCUAAGGUUUUCUUCAUGUUUCCCAGAUCCUGUGAUACAGUCCCAGGUUUCACAAGACAGUUUAAAAAUACUAUCAAUCACUAGAAUGAUAACAUUAGGGUUUUCCUAACAGAUAUCCGAACACCGUAUUUGCGGGACUGCAUUAAAAGUCAGAUCACCUUAUAAAUAAUUGUCUUAGGCGUGCUCUUCCUGUGAGAAUUCUAUGUGUCCCUUUGUGAUUUGGAGUCAAUUACUCGAUUUUAUAUUCUAUUUAUUUAUUGAUAUUCUGCACCAUUUCAGAACAUUUGAGGCAGCCAUUAAACACAUGUGCUCCAAAACAAAACUUAUGUGAAGAACACGAUCAAAACUGAAGUAGAACGCUGGGCGUGAUGGCACACACUUUUAAUCCCAGUCCUCGGGAGGCAGAGGCAGGUGGAUCUCUGUGAGACCGAGGCCACUCUGGUUCACGUUGUGACUUCCAGGCAGACUGUGACUAGGGAGACUCUGUCAAAAAACAGUGAACAAAAAGAAAAAGAAAAAAAAAAACAGAUGUAGAAAGAAUAACAGAACCAGAAGUAUGUUUCAUGCACAUGCACAAAUGCAGAGCCCUACAUUUUUCAAUGAGGGGCACCUUUAAAAAGUAAUAGAUUCAGCAGUAUGUCAGCAAGUAUUGCUACAUGAAUAAAAAUAAGCCUUUCCCCGUGAAGACAGAUAGUUAAAAUAGCACAGGCCACUGAAGUUGACGGAGAGCGUCAAACCUAGAUUAUACUAGCUACAGCACCUGAUGGAUAGUGGGUACCAAUAAAUACCUGAUGAUUGGAUGAGUGAAUGAACGAGUGAGUAAAUGAACGAACUGGAGGAAAAUAAAGUAUCUGUUUAGCAAUUAUUUUAGAGUGUCUAUUAUACACUGCAGUAUAUUCUGAUACCAUAAUAAGUGAAAGAUUCCGCUCUUAAGAAAUAAUACGUAGGGUUGGUGAAAUGGCUCAGCAGGCAAAAGCUGGGCAACCUGAAUUCCAUCCCAGAACCCACAUAAAGGUGGAAGGAGAAAAACAACUCCACAAAGAUGUCCUCUGACCUCUGUACAUGUGCUGUGGUACCCCCACACACACACACAUACAUACAUACUCCCCCCCACACACACAUACACACAUAAUAAUAAUGAGCAUUUUUAAAAGAAAUAAGAUAUACAAAGAACAAUAUCAAUGACAGGGGAGAUGAGAGUGCUAAUGUGCUGUAGGGAUUUAAAUAGAGAAAAGACUUCUACAUGUUGGAAAGCUCAAAGAAUGUGGCACACACAUGGGGCCUGUGGAAGUAGCAGAAUCAUACAAGGUAGAAACUUGGCUUGCCAAGUAGAGGCUGUGUAAAGUGCAGACUGUGACUGAGAGCUGUCUUCUGGAUAUUUUCCUCUGUGCCUUCCUUCAGGGAAAGCAAGGAGCUAGUUUGACCGGAGCUUAUAAUGUAUGCAUAAUUUACAUGUGGAACAAUAAGAAAUAAUGUCAGGAAAACAGGGGAGGGCUCAGUCACAGAUGGACUCCAGUAUGAAGCCAGCUGGUUCUCCUGGGUUGGGGAGUGAUUAUGGAGGUGAUGAAAGCUUGAGUCAAGGAAGGUUGGACUUGUGAAAAGCUGAGCAGUGGCAUCAUUGCCUGGACAAGGAGCAAACAGGUCACAUACUCACUCCAAGUUCAUUUAGCAUAGUAAGGGGAAAAAAUCCACAGUUACCACAACGCAUGAUUCUUCCUUUCUUCAUCCUAUUUCAUUAUUACUGUGGGGGAAAGAAUGCGAUCUUCUGACAUGCAGACACACAACACAAAGUUCUUUUCAGUCACUUUCAGUUUUUCAGUAAUUAACUUCAACAACCAAAUCUAACAUUUCCCAUCUAUCCAACCUAAAUAGUAAAACCUCAGCUGCCAGAUUGACUCAAGUUGAAUGCUAGACUACUUUAAAACUGGGGAAAAAGCUGAAUGUUGGAAUUGGGCAAAGAAUCCAGAUCUGCUUUUUAGUAAGCUAACAGCUAGCCAAGGGCCUCUAUCCUGGUCAUGAUACACGUCUUUAAAAUACAUGGGGGACAAGGUUGUUCAAUUUAACAGACCCUCCUCCUCCAGAGAAAUAUCUUUAUUCUGCUGAAAAAAAAAAAAAAAAA